AUCAGAUCAGCCUCCAGCCCAUGAUGUCCUCGAAACUUCUCUAUAAAAAUCAUUCACAAACUCCUCAAAACAGGUGUGACAUUGAAAGCCCACUCACUAAUUUCAACCAUAGAAGCCGUCUUCUUCGUUAAUUUUCCCUUUUGCAAUCCAUUGCUAGCCUCACAAUUCUCGAAAAGUCUCUUGUUUUUCCUGUUGGUAAUUGACGCUUUGUGUUAUUUUCGUCUUGUUGGGGGCAGUUAAUUGCGAUAAAUAAUAUGACUCGUGGAGGUGGCUUUCCGAUGUGUGUCCAAUGCGGCACAACCAGCAACCCUUGCCGGUGCAAGGUGCUAGGUCCGACUCUUGGGUUCUUGGCGUUUGUGGUCGCCGGGGUGGUGGAAUGGCCAGUGGGGGCAGUUGUUUUUCUCUUUAAACGCAUGAAGGGUCGGAGGAUCAUGGCCCAUCCUGCCACUGUCGUUUACCCCCGAGUCACGCAUGCCAUCCCUAUCUAAUGGUUACUUUGGACGAGGGUUUCUGUGGCUGGUGUUGCUUGCUUUACUUGAUUUGUGCGGUGUUAAAUUUUAUAUAUCCAUGGAAGAAAAUGUAAUUUAGAUGCGUGCUGGUUUUCUUUGUUGUUGUAUUGUGAUCGGAAACUAAAAUAAAUGACAGUGUCUAACUUGCUUUUUA